CGACCAGGCCGACGGCAUACGAGAUGACCAUAACGCAGUGGUCAGAUUAACUUGUCGUAUAGAGCAAUACUCGUUGAGUAAAGAGCUCAUCCACCAUUUAUCUUGUCGCAUAACGUACUAUUUCCCACCGUUGCCUCCACUGAUCGACUGAAACACCGACGGCCCCGUGAACCCCCAACGCGACGAUGCGUCGAGCAUGGGAGGUCAUCGCUGGCUUGAUAGCUCUUUCAAGUAGCACUGUUGCCGACCCAUACACCCCCAUACACGAAGCCGGACGCUGCGCAAUCCGUGGAACCUGUGGGAAGAAGUCAUUUUUCGGACCGGAGCUGCCAUGUCCAGACAACGGGCUAGCAGAAGAACCCUCGCCCAAGACACGAGAACAUUUAGUCAAGCUAUGCGGAAGCAAAUGGAGCGAAGGCCCAGUUUGUUGCGAAGGGAAGCAACUGGAUGACCUAGAGAGCAACCUCAAGAGAGCGCAACCCAUAAUAUCAGCGUGCCCCGCAUGCAAGGAAAACUUCUUCAACCUGUUCUGCACGUUUACGUGCAGUCCUGACCAGAGCCUGUUUAUCAACGUGACGGAGACUGAGAAAAAAGGAGACAAGUAUAUUGUGACGGAGCUGGACCAGCUUGUGAGCGUCGAGUACGGUUCAGGGUUCUACGAUAGCUGCAAGGACGUCAAAUUCGGGGCCGCAAAUCAGAAUGCGAUGGACUUCAUAGGUGGAGGGGCGAAGGAUUAUCCAGGGCUGUUGAAGUUUUUGGGUGAUAAGAAGCUCCUUGUUGGAAGCCCGUUCCAAAUCAACUUCCCGUUACCGACCGACUACACAGAACCGAACAUGAAACCGACAGAUAUGGCCCCGAAGAAGUGCAACGACGAAGACGAAGCAUUUCGAUGCGCUUGCGUGGACUGUCCGGCAGUUUGUCCAAAGCUGGAGGAGAUAAAGGAGAACAAGGCUUGCCAUGUUGGACCGCUGCCCUGCCUGAGCUUUGGCGCCAUUCUUACAUAUGGUAUUUUUCUUGCACUUCUCGCUACCGCAAUUUUCGCGCAUGUCGCUUGGGCGAAGCAUUCGAGAAGAAGGAAUCAGAGACUACAGCUAUUGCAAGACAUAGCUGCUAGCGACGACGAAGACGAAGAAGGCGAUUUAUUGGACAAUGCCGCCCUUUAUGAUCGUCCGCAGCAAAACUACAGAGUCAACACAAUUAUCGAUGGUGCAUUUUCAAAGCUUGGAUACGCAGCAGCAUCAUUUCCGGGAAUAAGCAUCGGCCUUAGUGUCCUUAUCGUUGCACUCUUCAGUUUGGGAUGGAUGAAUUUUGAUAUUGAGAAGAAUCCAGCCAGACUUUGGGUUAGCCCUGCGUCUGACGCUGCUAAGGAGAAGGCUUUCUUCGAUGAGAGCUUUGACCCGUUCUACCGCGCAGAACAAGUUUUCCUUGUCAAUGAUACCCAUCCUGGCGGUCCAGGGCCUGUUCUGAGCUACGAGACUCUGAAGUGGUGGUUCGACGUCGAAGACCGAGUCAGCAAGCUUACUGGCCCACACUACGGUGCUAAGCUGAACGAUGUUUGUUUCAAGCCAAUGGGUGAUGCAUGUGUUAUCCAGUCUGUGACGGGCUAUUUUGGAAACGAUUUUAGCACAGUCAAUCCAAAGACAUGGAAGUCAGACCUAAACGGCUGCGCAAAGUCUCCCGUUUUGUGCCGACCAGAAUCAGGACAGCCGUUGCCUCCGAAUACGAUACUUGGCGGAUGGGAGGAGUCCGGAGACGUCAUCGACUCUACUGCUUUGAUUGCAACUUGGGUUGUCAACAACUAUGCGGAAGGCUCUCCCGAAACAGAGAGAGCAAUGGACUGGGAGACAUCCCUCCGAUCUUUGCUGCUCAGCCUUCAAGGAGAAGCACAGGAACGCGGUCUUAGAUUGUCAUUCUCCACGGAGAUAAGUCUCGAGGCCGAACUUAACAAGUCUACCAACACCGAUGCCAAGAUUGUGGUUAUCAGCUACUUUAUUAUGUUCUUCUAUGCCUCGUUGGCAUUAGGAUCUACUUCUCUAUCAUUGGGAGCACUAUUCCGGAACCCUUCAAUGGCAUUUGUGCAAUCUAAAUUUACGCUUGGCGUCGUUGGUAUCAUAAUCGUUUUGAUGUCGAUUUCUGCCUCUGUUGGACUAUUUAGUGCUCUUGGGGUAAAAGUGACCCUAAUCAUCGCCGAGGUCAUCCCCUUCAUUGUUCUUGCUGUUGGUGUGGAUAAUAUUUUCCUCAUAGUUCAUGAGUUUGAACGCGUCAACCUCAGUCACCCAGAUGAGAUUGUCGAAGAACGCAUCGGAAAAGCUCUCGGGCGGAUGGGGCCAUCGAUUCUAUUGUCAGCCUCAACCGAGACAAUAGCUUUCGCACUUGGUGCUUUCGUUGGCAUGCCUGCUGUUCGGAACUUUGCCAUCUAUGCGGCGGGUGCCGUUUUCAUCAAUGCGAUCCUGCAGGUAACGAUGUUUAUCUCCGUCCUGGCAUUGAAUCAGCGCCGGGUUGAGGACAAUAGAGCCGACUGCUUCCCGUGUGUGAAAGUCAAGAGCGCCGGUGUACACCUCGGUGGAGAUAUGAACGUUAAUUCUCGUUACUACGAAGGUUCAGACGAAGGCAGCUUGGAGAAAUACAUCCGCAAGACGUACACGCCUGCCCUGCUUGGCCGAAAGAUGAAGGUCUUCGUCGUUGUUAUCUUCUUUGGCCUCUUCGCUGCAGGCGUCUCUUUGUUUCCAGAAGUCAAGCUGGGACUUGAUCAGCGAGUCGCAAUUCCGGAUGACUCCUAUCUGAUCCCAUAUUUCAACGAUUUGUACGCUUAUUUCGACGCUGGGCCACCCGUAUACUUCGUCACCCGUGGCCUGAAUGCGACACAGCGUUCACACCAACAGCAGAUAUGCUCUCGCUUCACAACCUGCGAGUCGCUAUCUCUCACCAACGUCCUGGAGCAGGAACGCAAGCGACCUGAGAUAUCGUACAUUGCGGCGCCGGCGGCAAGCUGGAUCGAUGAUUACUUCCGCUGGCUCAAUCCAGAAGAAGAAUGCUGCAUGGAAAAUGGAGUCCCAUGCUUCCAAGGCCGUGAUCCGCCAUGGAACAUCACUCUUAGCGGUAUGCCAGAGGGCGUUGAAUUCGUCGACUACCUACAACGGUGGAUCAGGGAGCCGGUGAACGACGAUUGCCCACUUGGUGGAAAGGCAGCUUAUGGCAAUGCUCUUGUUAUUGAUCAAGCGGAGACUACAAUCCCAGCGAGCCACUUUAGAACUAGCCACACGCCAUUGAGGAGCCAGGAAGAUUUCAUUGCUGCCUAUGCGUCUGCAAGACGUAUUGCAAAUGCCGUAUCGAAACGAACAGGGGAGGAUGUGUUCCCAUACUCAGUGUUCUACAUCUACUUCGAUCAGUACGCAACGAUCGUGUCGCUGACUACACAGCUCCUCCUGUCAGCACUCGCAAUCAUCCUUCUCAUCACAACACUACUGCUUGGAAGCCUACAAACGGCAAUGGUCGUAACGGCUACUGUGGCAAUGAUCGUCACCGACAUCAUCGGCACCAUGGCUCUCUUCAACGUCUCCCUCAACGCCGUCUCGCUCGUAAACCUAAUAAUCUGCAUCGGCAUCGGUGUCGAGUUCUGCGCCCAUAUCGCGCGCGCCUACACCUACCCAUCCGUCACCCUCCUCGCCCGCGCACCCGCUUCCUUCCGCGGCCGCGACGCCCGCGCCUGGGUCUCCUUGGUGAAUGUCGGCGGCUCGGUAUUCAGCGGGAUCACGAUCACGAAGCUACUUGGGGUCUGCGUGCUGGCGUUCACGAAGAGCAAGAUUUUCGAGCUCUACUAUUUCCGCAUCUGGUUGGCCCUGGUGGUGUUCGCGGCGAGCCACGCGCUGGUGUUUUUGCCGGUCGCGUUGAGCUUGGUGGGUGGGGAUGGGUGGAAGGAUUCGGAGGGGGACGGAGGGUUGGAGGAGGACUUGACGAGUCGGAGGCAUAGGGCGUUUAUGCCGGAGGAUGAGGAUAGCGAGGAGGAGUACUAGAGAUAGUAGAAGCUACUUGUUGGAAGCGCCAUUUGGAAUUUGGGUAUUGGAGUUAGUGUAGGUGCAUUAUGCUUUUACAUAGUUGUCGUAGAUAAUCUUGACAUCUGGUUAAACCUU